AGCAAGUCCAAUAAACCUCGGCUUGGCUUGUGAGAGAGAACAAAGGACGUACCUGCAGAGGAUUCUGGAUGAUGUUGACACCGACAGACUCGCGACGAGCACCAUGCUCAGUCUUUAUGGCCUUCGUUGGGGAAGUCACCUCCUCAUGGGUAGGAGACGAUUCCUCAGCCUUCAGCUCGGGGUUUAUCUUUUCGUCGCUCAUGGUGGUGGGAGUAGAAAAGCGUUCGGAGUUCCGCAGUGUGUGGUGGGAGAAGGAAACGUGGAGAGAACCCCUGGAGGAGGAAAACGCGCCGGCUGUGCAGCGGUAUUAAAUCCGUGGCCCCCGGCCUAGUCAAUUUCGACCAGGCGCAUGCAACAAAGGAAAACAACGGUCAGUCUUCACUGGCCGGGGCGCAGGAUGCUUCCUGGCUGGCAUCACUGGCAGGGGGCUGGAUUGGUGGAAAAGGCCGCCCACCCACCGGAGCAAACGAAGCAGCGUGCCACUGAAUGGAAUCACUUCACCAGAGCCUUAUUGCUCCCUUCCGCGUGUGGCUUGGGGCCGUCCUAUGGGAGGCGCCCAAAGCGGCGUUUUGAACUGGUCCAAGGUCAGAUUUUCGGGGGCGUUUCAGCCGUGUGCCAUGACCCCGGUCUUGGGCAUAGCUGCGGUUGCUCUGGUUCCGGGGUAUUCACCAGAGCUUCAGAGGAUUGUUCUUUGGGCGUUCCCCAGAUUCUUCAGAUCCCCAGCUUCCAAAUCUCCAAAGUGGGUGCGUGGCCCAGCCUUGGGAGCCCUGAUGAUUGGCUGUCGGCGAAUGUCAAGCGUAGAGAAGAACUCAUAAGCAAAGCACAAGACGCGACGAAAAAUGGAUCUGACUCACCCCAAGGAUUGCAGCUAGCGCGCCUGGGCGUCUCUGGGCGUCGAAUCCUGCGGUCAGCCAGGCCGACCCAGCUCGUAUUGGUGGUGCCAAUGCUGGGCACAGAGGCAUCGAGGCUGGUUGCACAAGAGCGGAGCCGGUCCCGGCGUCAUCAAAGACGAUCGUCAAGCGAGAGGAACCAGAGAUACGAGAGAGACAGCGGAGUUACGAGCAGCGUGGCCGCUGGAAUGCAAUGGCCAUGGCAGCCAUGUGGUGCCGUAAGGGGCGGGGCUGCUUGGCUGGGCGGGGAAAUUGGAACAAGUUAGACAAGUUAUAGCUCGUUUACUAAGUUCUUCACUGAUUCCUGGGAUGUAACCCUGCCCUGCUGGUCUGGCAAUGCGGGGCAAGCUAAUCAUCGAGUUGGUCAACGGCUGGGUGGCUAUAUAACGCCCGUCAUCAGCAGGUCUCAACCGCCGUUGUGGCCUGAUCUGGUCUCAUGCGCUGAAGGAAG